UUGCCAACGUGAAAUGAUGUAAUGAAACAAAAUUGUCAAAAAAUGUCACAAAAAUCGAAAACAAAAAUAAAAUAUUUAAUCAACUUUGACCGAAUGAGUGGCGUUCUUGUUGUUGCUAAACUAAACAAUCCAAAACCUAUUUCAUUUUUUAUAAAAAUAAUAAUAAAUUAAAAACCAAAUAAAUUUUAUUUGAUUUUUAAUUUAUCAUUAUAAUUUAUAUUUUUAUAAUUGCAUAAAUAAUUUAUAAUUAUAAUAGAAUAACAAUAACAAUACUUCAAUUCAAAUUAAGAUUACAUUUGAGAUUGUUAGCUAGAUUAGAUUAGAGUAGCAUUAGAUUAGUAGACAAUUAUUUCUUGCAAGAAGAUAACCUCUGGCCAAAUAAAAAAAUUGUGGUACGAGAUUCAGUAGUAACAACAACAAAUAACUGAAUAACAUUAUUUGAAAAACAGAAACACAAAUUGUGUAAUCCUAAUUAAUACUAAUGUUGUAACAUUAAAGAUUUAACAUUAUUAAAGCGGCCAUCAUGUACGAGUGUGUAGAAUGUGGCUACAAAACUGACUGUCUUUUCAGAAAGUUAUCCACAGAGGUCAUCAAGCUCUCUCAUUGUGAGAAUUGCAAACAGCCGGUAGACAAGUACAUUGAGUACGACAACAUACUGACAGGCAUUGAUGCAACACUGCACAAGACACAGGCCUACAGACAUCUUAUACAUAACUCGAACAUAAAGUCAACGAUGAAGUUAUGGUUAGUGUACCUACUCUGUGACGUGUACGUGGCAUGGCAGAGUUUGAAGAAAAUGUCUUGUGAUGAUGCGGAUGAACCUUACUCUGAAGGGGUGUUCAGCAUGCUCUUUCUCCUUGCUGUAGUUGAUUGGCUCUGGUAUGUGGUUGUGUUGUUUCUGCUCAUUACUUUGUUCACUGAUGUCAGUACAAAAGAUCAUUAUCUGAGGACCUUAGUUUUGAGCAGUUUCGGCAAGUUGCUCUCGCUACCUGCCCUCAUCUGGACGACCAUGCACGAGAACAUCUACUUCAUCCUCAUUCAAAUCUUCAUUUUGACAUCAAACAUUACUGCUCUGAAAGGUCCUCCGUUUUAG